UGCACAUUUUAGUUUGAAAGCCGGCCGCGGAGAGCGGGUGAUGUUAGCGAAUUUGCGGCGUUAGUAGGGGAUCGGUGUAGUGGACGCGGGACUGGCGCCUGCCGCGAGAGGGACGCGCCCGGGAGGGCUCACUCCCGUCAUGGGAAAGGGAACACUUAUUUAUUUUUUGGCAUUGCUAGUAUUUAUACAAACUAGCGAAGUUAAGCCAGCAAACGAAACGAAGACUGAUGAAGCGGAGAUACGCGAGGCCCGCACAGGCCGCCAGUACGGGCCUUACGGGCCCUUCGCGUCCUCAGAGAAUGAGGUCGUGGUAGACAUACAGGACGCCGAGAAGAAUCAGUAUUAUGAAACCAACUAUGACACAAGUGCAUACGGUUUCGGCUACGACGUCGGUCCGAAUGGCCAGUUCCACCAUGAGAACCGUGGUCCGGAUGGUGUGACUUACGGUUGCUAUGGCUACGUCGACCCUGACGGCUACUUGCGAGCCACCCACUACGUGGCCGACAGCCACGGCUACCGGGUCGUAGAGCCAGAGAAGCCCAUCGAAGUAUGGCCCGAAGAGAAGCACGAGUAUGAUGAACAGGCUGCUAACGCGGUGACCGAGAAGGUUCCGGGCCAGAUCGUGCCAUGGGACAAGCUCUACUUCCCCAAGGGCUGUGGUCGCACGCCCGGCGGAGUGCCGCCCAAGCCGCUGCCGCCCAGGCCGCCGCGCCCGCCGCGCCCGCCCACCGACAGCACGGGGCAGACUAGCAACCCACAACCCGGCGUUACUCACCCAGGACAAGGAGGCUCAGGCGGUUCCUACGGCCCUGGAGGACCAUCAGGACCUGGUGGACAAGGCGGUUACUACCCAGGACCUCCCGGCACACCUGGUACACCUGGGACACCUGGGAGCCCAGGCAGCCCUGGUGGUCCUGGUGGACCCGGCGGCCCUGGUGGCCCUGGGGGCCCUAGCGGACCCGGCGGACAAGGACAAGGCCCUUACUAUCCUGGACAAGGCGGUUACUACCCUGGCACACCCGGAACCCCCGGAACCCCCGGUAGCCCUGGCACUCCCGGUUCUCCUGGCGGCCCAGGUGGACCCGGAGGCCCAGGUGGUCCCGGCUCAGGCGGUUACUACCCAGGUGGCCCAUCUGGACCUGGCGGACCCGGCGGACCUUCAGGACCUGGAGGCCCAAGUGGACCAGGAUACUACCCAGGAACACCCGGCACUCCCGGUACUCCCGGCUCACCCGGUUCACCAGGUGGACCCGGAGGCCCUGGCGGCCCAGGCGGCCCAGGAGGACCACCCGGUUCAGGCUACUACCCAGGUCAAGGCGGUUACUACCCUGGCACACCCGGAACUCCCGGAUCUCCCGGCACCCCUGGCAGUCCUGGCAGCCCCGGCGGCCCAGGCGGCCCAGGCGGCCCAGGUGGCCCAGGCGGACCUGGUGUAGGCGGUGGAAGCUACCCCGGACAACCAGGAAAACCAGGUGGACCAGGACAACCUGGCACUCCUGGUCGCCCCGGUACUCCAGGAUCACCCGGCACCCCAGGUUCACCCGGCACCCCAGGCUCACCUGGUACCCCAGGAGGCCCAGGCCAACCAGGAUACCCAGGCCAAACAGGACAACCAGGAGGCCCUGGAAAGCCUGGAUACCCAGGAACACCAGGACAACCAGGACAGCCAGGAAGUCCCGGGCAACCUGGACAGCCUGGUUACCCAGGACAACCGGGACAUUACCCAGGACAACCAGGACAGCCAGGAGGCCCUGGACAGCCUGGCACACCAGGACACCCAGGACAACCCGGACAACCUGGCUACCCAGGAACACCAGGACAGCCAGGACAACCUGGCUACCCAGGACAACCAGGACACCCAGGUCAACCCGGACAACCUGGCUACCCAGGUCAACCAGGACAGCCAGGAACACCAGGACAGCCAGGAGGCCCAGGACAACCAGGACAGCCAGGACAACCUGGCUACCCAGGUCAACCAGGACACCCAGGACAGCCAGGACAACCUGGACAACCUGGCUACCCAGGUCAACCAGGUCAGCCAGGAACACCAGGACAGCCAGGAGGCCCUGGGCAGCCCGGCACACCAGGACACCCAGGACAGCCAGGACAACCUGGACAACCUGGCUACCCAGGUCAACCAGGUCAGCCAGGAACACCAGGACAGCCAGGAGGCCCAGGACAACCAGGACAGCCAGGAUACCCAGGAGGUGACUCAGAGGGCUCCCCGACUGGCACAGGCGUGCAGCCUCCAUACUACCCACCGCCUGCGGGACAAAUGCCUCCCUUCCCUAUCUACGUCAUUCCAUACCCACUGCCAAUCGUGCCCAGUCCCUCAACUUGUCCGUGCUACCUUCUAAACCCCGGCAAGAACGACUCUUCUGCAACGGCACCAGGCCAUCCCCAAGCGCCCCAAGCUCCCCCCUCCCAGGGCCCACCCAACAGCAUGGCCCCGGCAUAUGCACCCUACGGCAUCAUAGGAUUCGUCCCAGUUGUUUUCGUCCCAUACUGUCCCGGCAACGCUACAGGAAUGAACUCGGCACAACAAAACUUCCCCAACGCUGUCCCAGUGCCGUACAACUGCGCUCAAUGUCAAGCGAGCAGCGACGUCUACAAAUACCUGGGCAGGUUGAACGGAGGACGCAGCGCUAACUUUGGCGACUUGAAGGAAAUCAAAUCCCUUACUGAAUUAGAAAAUCUCCUCAUGAACGAGAUUAAACCGAUGAAAAAGGGUUUACGUAGAAUAGCAGUGCGCUCCAGAGCACUUACCGGCGAAACGAACGAUAAGGCAAAAAAUAAGCAAUAGAUAUUUUGAUAGAAUUCCAUCAGAAUGAAAUGUUAUUAACAUAAGAACAAUUUUGAGAUUGCCCGAUAAUAUUGUUCUUGGACGAUCUCAAAAUUUUGGUACGAUGACGGGCCUUUAUUUAUAAAUAAUUUUAAGUACGACGUAAAAUAUCUACCUACCUACACAUAAAAAUGAGACGAUAUUGUACAAAAUUGUAUACUUGUAUAAAUAGAUGUACGUAUCCAAUAAUCUCAGUAAAAAAAUCGUCUCAAAAUGCAUUAUAUUCUUAUGUAUUUCAAAUUUUAUAAUGUGUACAAAAAUAAAUAUUCUGUUGCCAUUUUAGUAAAAUUUAAUGCCUCAAUAAAUGAUU